CAUCGCCCUAUCCCCCGGUGCCUCCUUGGGGACUAAUGGUCCUUGAUCCCCUCCCUCCUUGGGCGUCCUCCACCCCAAGCUCAGACCGUUCAGAAAGCUAAAGGGGGUUCGGUAACUUCGGUCUUGCAACGAACGCUUUUCGCGCCUUUUCUUUCCGCCCCCCAUGUGUCUCUCCUGUCGACCUCCCUGAGUUUCCUUCCCGGCCUGCAGCAUCGACUAUUGCCUCCCGAAAGAUGGGACAGAAGUACGGCUUCUUGAUCCCAGACACCUACGUCCCGGAGGUCCCUAACGAGGUCGACAUGAACACGUCCAGCAUCUUUUGGGGGCUCUCUCUGGGCAUCGCCCUCUUCACGGCGGCAAAGGCGGGGAAACAGAGCCUACGGUCAUGGAAGCGGUCACGGCGUCUCACGGCGUAUGUCUUUAUGGUCUGGGCCGUGUGGUGGAGUAGUAUGGUCCUGGGCGUGUUGGCGUGGGGGUUUCAGAGACAGUACAUCCCUCCAAGCUUCGGUUUCUACUUUUGUGUUGCCCUCUUUUGGGCAUUCCAGAUCCAGUUCCUUCUACAGAUCAUCAUCAACCGUCUGGGAUUGUUAUUAGCCGUGCGCGGGCGAGCCACGAAACUGAAAUGGAUCGUCUUCCUUAUCAUCCUGGCCAUCAACAUCAGCGUCUUCAUCAUCUGGAUGCCUGCCCGCUUGCAGAUCAACGAAACGUGGUACCGCCUUAACGAGAUUUGGGAUCGAUGCGAAAAAGUCAUAUUCGCCUUUGUCGACGGUUUCUUGAACUUUUACUUUAUCUACCUUGUCCGUUCACACCUCAUCAGGAACGGCCUGACCAAGUACUAUCGUCUGUACUACACGAACUUGGUCCUCAUCUUCGCGUCCCUGUCUCUGGAUUUCGUCCUCGUCGGCCUCAUGUCACUCCGAAGCAGCUUGGUAUACCUUUCUUUUCAUCCGGUCUGCUACCUCCUGAAGCUCCAAAUCGAGAUGGUGAUGGCCGAACUCAUCAGAAAACUCGUGCAAUCAUCGAACGCGAAUGCCAUCGACAACAUAUCGUACAAGGUCUCCACGACGGAACCCCAGUCCGGGUCGAGUAGGCCAGCUGUGAGAAACAACACACUGAACAACAUCCCCCGGACACAUCAGGGGACCUGCAUCGGCGGCAACACGACGCACAUCUCUGUUGGGGAUCGAGAGGACGACGCCGACGGCUUAGAGCUACACGAAAGGGGAGGUGACUUGGAACAAGGCAUCCGACAGACCGAUUGAGACGAGAGUUGCUACUUCGCCCGCGGAUAAUGCCGAGAGAGAGCCGGGGAGCGGAAGUAGCUCUAACCGGAAGCUGCACUCUCAUGAUAUUGAUGAGCCAUUAUCUUUGUUCCGUUUCUGCAUUUUUUGAUUCUUUUCUUAUACUUUGGGGUCUCGGUCGGGCCCCCGGGCGUGUGGGAGUUGACUUGAUUCGUGCGAAACAUCGCAGCCAGGGCAAGCGCGGCGUUCCUUUUGGUUUCAUGGUGUUUGGCUUUAUGGGAAUGGCGAAAGAUGACCUGGAAGCGAAGGGAUCAUAUCAGUUUCCUCUCUUGAUCAAUGUACGAACUGCCUAUAUACCAA